AGACCAGGUUCCCCACCCGCAGUUGAGACCCCUACUAUUGUUACAUCUGGGGAACCAAGGGUCUUAAUGGAUGUAGGGGGUCAACAAAUACCUUUCCUAGUAGAUACCGGAGCAGAUCGCUCAGUUGUUCGUACCCCUAUAGCCCCAACUACCAACCAGUGUGUGAAGGUUGUAACAGCUUCAGGUCAUCGGAAAAGCCACCCUCUGCUGCAAGCAAGAGAAUGCAACCUGGCUAAGCACCUUGUGACUCAUCGUUUCUUGUACAUGCCUGACUGCCCUAUUCCACUGCUAGGAAGAGACUUACUGUGUAAAUUGAGAGCUGUUUUGGCAUUUGAUGAUGAUGAGACCAUGCAAAUGUGGACCAGACCGAGGCAAGUGCAACUCAUCUGCCCUCUACAGGAAGAAUGGAGAAUCUUCAUGGUAGCUCAAAUGGAAUCUGAAGACUGGAGGAAGUACAAUGUACCUGGGAUAUGGGCAGAAGAUAACCCUCCUGGGUUGGCUCGAAAUAUCCCACCUAUAGUAGUGCAAGUCAAACCAGGAGUAGGACCAGUUCGCAUAUCCCAGUAUCCUGUAGCCAGGGAAGCAGUGGAAGGAAUCAAGAAACAUCUAGCAAGAUUGCUUCAUCAUGGAAUUCUAAGGGAGUGCCAUUCACCUUGGAACUCACCUUUGUUACCUGUCCGUAAACCUGACUCAAAUGAUUAUUGUUUGGUUCAGGAUCUUCGUGCUGUCAACAAAGCAACAGUGGCCAUACACCCAGUGGUACCUAAUCCAUAUUCCCUGCUCAGCCUUAUCCCACCAACAGCAGCAUGGUUUUCAAUCAUUGACUUGAAAGAUGCUUUUUUCUGCCUGCGCCUAGCGUCACAAAGCCAGCCCAUCUUUGCGUUUGAGUGGGAGAGGCCAGGAACCAGAAUCCUUACACAGCUUUGUUGGACAAGACUUCCCCAGGGUUACCAUAACUCUCCAACGUUGUUUGGAGAUGCCCUUUCGCAUGACCUGCAUGAUUUUAUUACUACUACAUCUUCAAAAUGGACAGUGUUACAGUAUGUUGAUGAUAUCUUGAUUGCGGCAGCAAAUGAAGCUACUUGCCAAGAAGGAACACUGCAGUUGCUACAGGUUCUGUAUGAAAGAGGCUACAAAGUAUCCAAGAAAAAAGCCCAACUCAGCAAGGAGAAUGUGAAGUACCUAGGGUUCCGGAUUUCUCAAGGGCAGAGACAUUUGGAGAUUGAACGAAAGACAGCGGUGUGUGCUAUUCCUACCCCUACCUCUCGCCGACAGGUGAGAAAAUUUUUGGGGUCAGCGAGUUUUUGUCGUCUUUGGAUCCCAAGUUUUGCUGUGUUAGCAAAGCCUCUCCAUCAAGCAACAAGAGGGAGUAAUACAGAACCUUUUGAAUGGACAGAUGAGUGCGAACAGGCUUUCCGGAAAAUUAAGAAAGCAUUGCUAGAAGCACCUGCCCUAGGCCUUCGUGACCUUACCAAGCCUUUCACUCUGUAUACGGGAGAAUGACAGGGAGUGGCUGUAGGAGUCCUUACUCAGCUUCUAGGAACUUGGUCUAAGCCUGUUGCUUAUUUGUCUAAACAACUGGACACAGUUGCCAAAGGAUGGCCAGCCUGCCUAUGAGCUGUAGCAGCAGCAGCAAUGAUGGCAGAGGAAGCUGCCAAGCUCACCCUGAAUCAGCCACUUCAGCUUAAAACACCACAUGCAGUUGUUACCUUGAUGGAACACAAAGGUCAUCAUUGGUUCACAAAUAGCCGAAUGUUAAAAUAUGAAAGCCAAUUGAUUGACAACCCAAUGGUCACUCUGUCAGUUUGUUCAACUUUGAAUCCUGCCUCUCUACUUCCAGUGGAUGAAACAACUCUUAAUCAACACGACUGUCUUGAGACCAUGGAUGAAGUCUAUUCCAGCAGACCGGACUUGAAAGAUGUGCCAUGGAAGAGUCCAGACGUCAUCCUUUUCACAGAUGGAAGCAGCUUCAUGGAAGAUGGACAGCGCAGAGCGGGUUAUGCAGUUGUGACCUCUGAAGGAAAGAUCUUAGAAGCAGAACCGCUACCUCCAGGGACUUCAGCCCAAAAAGCUGAACUCAUAGCCUUGACCAGAGCUUUCAAGCUGUCUGAAGGAAGAACUGUCAAUAUCUACACUGAUUCUAAAUACGCCUUUACAACUUUACAUGCACAUGGGGCUGUAUACAAAGAAAGAGGACUACUGACUUCUGCUGGCCAGCAGAUUAAACAUGCUCAGCAGAUCCUGGACCUGUUGGAUGCUGUAUGGACUCCAAAGAAAGUUGCUGUUAUGCACUGCAAAGGACAUCAGUAUGGAGAAGACCCUGUGGCUAGAGGGAACAGAUUGGCUGAUGAGACAGCCAAGGAAGCAGCUUGCCGGAAGAUUACAACAGUGUGUACUUUGUCUACAGAAUCAAUGCUUCCUGCUACGGCUACCUACACAAAAGAAGAAGCAUGGGCCAUAGAAGAAGGGGCUACUUGGAAUAAUGGAUUCCUCAUGCUACCAAACCAGAAAGUUUUUGUUCCACGUGCUGUCGCCUGGGAACUCAUUCAUCAGCUACACCAUCAAACUCACAUUGGAGCCACUGGACUAAGCAGCCUGAUAGGAAGACAGAUGUAUGUUAAUGGACUUGAUUCUAUGACUCGGGCUGUAGCUUCCCAAUGCCAUACCUGUGCCAAGAACAAUCCACGAGCAGGUCCUUUGCUGCCACCUGGGAUACAAUAUACAGGAACAAAUCCGUUUGAAUCGUUAGUUGUGGAUUUUACUGAGAUGCCUCAAUCAGGGCAAUAUAAAUACCUGCUUGUAUUUGUAUGCACCCACACCGGCUGGCCAGAAGCCUACCCUACCAGAACUGAGAAGGCGUUGGAGGUUUCCAGAGCCCUAAUGAGAGACAUUAUUCCUAGAAAUGGAAUUCCAUUACACAUUGGAUCAGAUAACGGACCUUCUUUUGUACAUGAGAUCAUACAGAAGUUAGCCACUCUGAUAGGUACACAAUGGAAGCUACAUUGUGCCUACAGGCCCCAGUCAUCAGGGAAGGUAGAAAGAAUGAACAGAACUUUGAAAGGAAUAAUAACUAAGAUGUGCCAAGAGACCACUCUCACUUGGGUACAAGUUUUGCCAAUGGCACUUUUAAGAGUACGCUGCACACCGACUAGGUUUUUAGGACUGUCCCCAUAUGAGCUCAUGUUUGGAAGACCACCCUUAGGGCUGAAACACUUGAAAGGAGAUGCAUUGGAAUUAGGGAGACAAGACCUAGUGAAAGAAGUUCAACUGUUAGGAACAACUUUAAAUGCACUAGCAAAAUACACUGCAGACCUGAGACCGCCUUUCCCCGUUACUGCCUUACAUCCCUUUUCUCCAGGUGACUUGGUGUUAUUGAAGGACUACCGGGUGGAGCCAUUGGGUCCUAAGUGGAAAGGUCCAUACCCAAUACUGUUGACGACUCCAACUGCAGUGAAACUAGACGGUAUUCGGGCCUGGAUUCAUUAUACCAGGAUCAAGCGAGCACCUCCAGACUGGUCGGUGUCCCCUGUAAACGGUGAUCCACUCCGACUGCGGUUCAAAAAGAUCCAGAAUCAAAGACAACGUGAUCAAGAGUAAAU